AUGUUGGACAUUAACGCAUUCAUUGUUGAGAAGGGAGGAGAUCCAGAAAAGAUCAAGAUCUCACAGAAGAAAAGAGGUGCACCAGUAGAACUAGUUGAUGAAAUUAUUAGCGACUACAAGGACUGGGUCAAGAUUAGAUUUGAUUUGGAUGAACACAAUAAGAAAUUAAAUGCCAUUCAAAAACAAAUUGGUCAAAAAUUCAAGGCUAAAGAAGAUCCAGCUGAGUUGUUAAAGGAGAAGGAGCAAUUGACCGAGGAGAAGAAACAACUCAUAGAACGUGAAGCCAAUACAGAUAAAGAAUUGAGAAACAAGGUUAAUCAAGUGGGGAAUUUAGUUCAUGAGUCAGUGGUUGAUUCCAUGGAUGAAGCAAACAAUGAAUUGAUCAAGACUUGGGUACCUGAAGGUUACAAAGAACCAGCACAAGUUGCCGCUGGAACCAAUGCGCCAGCUAAUUUAUCUCAUCAUGAAGUCUUGUUACGUUUGGAUGGGUAUGAUCCAGAAAGAGGUGUUCGAAUUGUUGGACAUAGAGGUUAUUUUUUGAGAAACUAUGGUGUAUUUCUUAAUCAAGCAUUGAUCAACUAUGGUCUUUCAUUUUUGGCAAAAAAGGGUUAUGUUCCAUUACAAGCACCAGUAAUGAUGAAUAAGGAAGUUAUGGCCAAAACAGCACAAUUGUCACAAUUUGAUGAAGAACUCUAUAAAGUUAUUGAUGGUGAAGAUGAGAAAUAUCUUAUUGCCACUUCAGAACAACCAAUUAGUGCCUAUCAUGCCGGAGAAUGGUUUGAAAAACCACAAGAACAAUUGCCAAUCAGAUAUGCCGGUUAUUCGUCAUGUUUCAGAAGAGAAGCCGGAUCUCAUGGAAAAGAUGCUUGGGGUAUUUUCCGAGUUCAUGCAUUUGAGAAGAUUGAACAAUUUGUCUUGACUGAACCUGAGAAGUCAUGGGAAGAAUUUGAUAGAAUGAUUGGUGCAUCGGAAGAGUUUUAUCAAUCAUUGGGAUUGCCAUAUAGAGUAGUUGGUAUCGUUUCAGGUGAAUUAAACAAUGCGGCUGCUAAAAAGUUUGAUUUGGAAGCAUGGUUCCCAUUUCAAAAGGAAUACAAGGAAUUGGUGUCAUGUUCCAACUGUACUGAUUAUCAAUCAAGAAAUUUGGAGAUUAGAUGUGGUAUAAAGCAACAAAAUCAAACGGAAAAGAAGUACGUUCAUUGUCUUAAUUCUACUUUAAGUGCAACUGAACGAACCAUUUGUUGUAUAUUGGAAAAUUAUCAACGUGAAGAUGGAUUGGUUGUGCCUGAAGUAUUGAGAAAGUACAUCCCUGGUGAGCCAGAGUUUAUACCAUAUGUUAAAGAAUUGCCAAAGAAUUCAACUUCUCAAAAGAGGAAGUAA